AUGGUAGCAAUAAGUAAAGUCUUAUCAUCCGGUCUCAUCUUUGCAUCCCAAGAUCAAUUCAGGAAUGUCGCCGGUCCAGAAUUAGCAGCCAAAUCUCAGUACAACAUCGUGAAAUACCUAGCCGCUGCAGGUCCAUAUAUUCAGAAUAAUGGAUUUGGGAUCUCCACAUCCACACCUCCCCAAUGUGAAGUUGAACAUGUCCAAUUGUAUAUGAGACAUGGUGAAAGAUUUCCUGGUUUAGCAGCUGGUCAAACUCAUAAACAAAUUGUUGAUAAGUUGCAAAGUUACAACGGAAUAUUUAAUGGUGAUUUAUCAUUCCUUAAUGAUUAUGAAUAUUAUGUACCCAAUGAAGAUCUUUAUGAAUAUGAAACUACCCCUGCUAAUUCAGAAGGUCCAUAUACAGGGUAUGAAACUGCAAUUAGAGCAGGCGGGUCAUUUAGGGCGAAGUAUGGACACCUUUAUGAUCCAAAUGAAAAUUUACCAAUUUUUAUUGCUGCUAGUUUCCGUGUUUAUGAAACUGCUUUGAAUUUCGCUACUUCGUUCCUUGGAGAGAAAUAUUCUGAAAAGAUUCUUGAUAAAGUUAUAGUUACUGAAGAUAAGGAUGCUGGAUUUAAUUCAUUAACUCCAAGAUGGGGAUGUCCUGCUUUUGAACCCAAUCAUUAUAAGGAUCAAUUGUCGAAAUUCCCAACUACAUAUUUAGAUAACAUAGUAUCUAGAUUUACUUCUGCAAACCCGGGAUUGAAUAUUACUUCAGAUGAUGCUUUCCAAUUAUUCCAAAUAUGUGCCUAUGAAAUGAAUUCAAGAGGAUAUUCUCCAUUUUGCGAUAUUUUCACCGAAGAUGAAUUCGUAACAUAUGGUUAUCAUAAUGAUUUGACAUUUUAUUAUCAAUGGGGUCCUGGCGGAUAUAAUAGUAAAUUAGCUGGAAGCGUCCAAUUAAAUGCAACUUUGAAUCUUUUAAAAGAAGAGAAUCCCAAGAAUAAAAUAUGGCUUACAUUCACUCAUGAUAGUGACAUUGAAUUGUUCUCAUCUGCACUUGGGUUAUUUGAUCCUAUUGAUGCUUUACCUUUUGAUAGAGUUAAAUAA